UGUCAAAGUAAUGUCACUGUCAUAAAAUUCAAGUUUCAACAAGUUUUAUUCAUUUCAAAAAUAAGUGAAACUAGGUAGAAUAAAAAGGAAAUUGUUGUGUAGAAUUCCCUUCAAAAGUUUAAAACUAUAUAAAUAUGGGAGACCAUGAUGAUAUUGAAGACAAUCAGUAUCCAGAUAAUGAUGAAUUCAUGCCAUACGCUACAGCCGGUAAUUUGCCACAAAAAAACGGCGCGAAAGUUGCUAUCUGGGGUAAAGUAACAAAAGUUACCGCUAAUGAAGGAUUCUAUAUUAAAACUGUAGAUGAUCAAGAGAUUCUUAUAAGAUUAAAGAGGCCACUUAGUGAAUCUUUGGAAGGAUGGUACGAGAUAUACGGAGUUUCACAAGGCAAGAGUGUAUUGUGUGAUGAAUAUGUUCCGUUUACUGACGACAUGACAAAGAAUAUUGAUACUGAAGGCCAUAAAAAUCUUGCAAAGUUGCUGGCGGCUUUGGAAGACCCUUGGAAUCUGGGAGAGAAUCCAAGUGAUAUGAAUGGAGUGACUCCAAUGGAGUAAUCCUGAAAUGGAUUAAUAAGAAGAAAGAUUUAUGUCAUGUUCAUUUCACAUAUAAAUCUUAAGAGUAACUCGAAAAGUACAAAUGUUUGAAAAACUGAAUCUAAAAGUUGUAUUGAUUUCUUUAAAUAUAGGAUUUGGUCGAGUAACAAACUUACAAAUAUAUAUGUAAACAAAUUUGUCUUAAUUGUUAAACUAAACUUAAGAAUACUAAAUUUGAGUUUGCUAUUCAUUGGCUGAACUUUGAUUCCAUAGAUUCUUGUUCAUUUGUUAAACUAGAAUUGUUACAAAUAUACGAAAUAUUAUCAUAAGGAUAUUAGAUUUGUAAGUUUUCAUAUUAAAUGUUUUUGUAAUAUA